ACUCAUUCUUCAUUCUUUAUUGUCACCAUGUUACAGGAUAGUUUCUUUGCUAGCUUUGCUCUCGGUUGGCUCAUCACAAACGGUGCUGGACUUGCCUCCUACCCAAUUGACACAGUUCGCAGAAGAAUGAUGAUGACAUCUGGUGAAGCCGUGAAGUACAAGAGCUCUAUGGAUGCAUUUGCUCAAAUCCUGAAGAAUGAGGGUGCAAAAUCAUUGUUCAAGGGUGCUGGUGCCAACAUUCUUCGUGCAGUUGCGGGUGCUGGUGUGCUCGCCGGUUAUGACAAACUUCAGGUGCUCGUUUUCGGAAAGAAAUAUGGCUCUGGUGGGGCUUAAGUAACACCAAGUACCUUGUUUCUUUAGCAAUAGAUGGUGAUGAAAAUCUUUUUGUCGUUUAGUUUCGAGAAUUUGUCAAAUGCAAAUUUUUACUCUUUUCAAAUAAUUCAAUUUAGGGAGUUUUGAUCCCAAACAUUGUUUCCCUUUGAAGGGUUUUUUGAAAUUCUGUAACCUUGUCAUUGAAGAGCUUUAAAAUUUAUGAUGACAGAUUUUAUGUUAUAGCCUUCACGAUAAUUUUUCCA